UUUUCAGCGGUCGGCGGGUUGGCACGCGUGUGAAGUUAUCCGCGGUGUCAAACAUGGCGGUUGUCCUUUCGUAAUUGUGUUGUGUUUGACGCGUCUUUUUGACAAAACGAUGCAUUGAAUCAAUUUUACCAAGUGUUGAAGUGAAAAUGUCCGAGAUCGUGUACCCCGCCGGCUGCCGCCCCAUCAGCGACGACUUGGGGCCCGACGAGCUGAUCCGCCGCUUGAAAACACUGGCCCACACGUUGCAAGCGAUGGGACAGGACGAGGGGGCCUACCAGCAGUACAUCCCCCUGGCCUUGCACCUGGCCGAGGAGCAGUUCCUGUCGCACCCUUCGCGCGACGUCCAACUGCUGAUCGCGUGCUGCAUUGCCGACGUGUUGCGGGUCUACGCCCCCGACGCCCCGUACAAAGACGCCGAUCAAGUCAAGACCAUUUUCCUGUUCUUGAUCACGCAGCUAUCGGGGCUCAAGGACCCCAAAGACGCCGCCUUCAAGCGCUACUUCUACUUGCUGGAGAACUUGGCGUACGUGAAGUCGUUCAAUAUGUGCUUCGAACUGGAGGACUGUCAGGAGAUUUUCUGCGCCCUGUUCCACCUCAUGUUCAAGAUCGUCAACGACGAACACUCAGGACGCGUCAAGAGCUUCAUGCUGGACGUCCUGUGCCCCCUUAUCACCGAAAGCGACAUGGUUAGUAACGACCUACUUGACAUUAUCCUAAUGAACAUAGUCGAACCCAACAAGACACAGAGAAAAAACGCCUAUUUACUUGCAAAAGAACUGAUUGUUAAAACAUCCGAUACACUCGAGCCCUACAUCCAGGCCUUCUUUAACCACGUUUUAAUCCUGGGCAAGGAAGACAAGAACUUGCAAAUUUGCGGCAAAGUGUACGACUUGAUCUACGAACUAAACCACAUUUGCCCCCAAAUUCUGGUGGCGGUGCUGCCGCAGCUCGAGUGCAAGCUCAAGAGUCCCCUCGAGGCGGAGCGUCUGGGGGCUGUCGCGCUCCUCGCCCGCAUGUUCAGCGAGAAAGACUCGGAGUUGGCGCGCCGUCACGGCUCACUUUGGCGCGCGUUUUUGGGCCGUUUUAACGACAUUUCGUUGCAAAUUCGCACGAAAUGCGUACAAUACUCGAUGCAUUUUCUGCUAAAUCACCCAGAUUUGCGUAAAGACAUCACAGACACGCUCAAAAUGCGCCAGCACGACUCGGAGGAGAACGUGCGCUAUGAGGUGGUGAUGGCCAUCGUGACGACGGCACGUCGCGACUUCCAAGUCGUGUCCGAUUCGGAGGAUUUGCUCGAGUUUGUGAAAGAGCGUACGCUUGAUAAGAAGUUUAAGAUUCGGAAAGAAGCAAUGACGGGGCUUGCGUUGAUUUAUCGGAAGCAUUUGAGUGAUCCGGAUGUUCCGAAUGCGACGAAAAAAGCCGUCACGUGGAUUAAGGAUAAGAUACUGCAUGGGUAUUACAUGGCGGGGAUGGAGGAUCGGCUCCUGGUGGAGCGUUUGCUGAAUACGUGUCUGGUGCCGUAUCAGUUGCCGCCAGCUGAGAGAAUGAAGAAGUUGUAUCAUUUGUUGGGGACGGUUGACGAGCAUGCGACUAAGGCGUUCAUGGAGUUGCAGAAGAAUCAGUUGUGUGUGAGGAAGUUGGUGCUGGAGUGGUUGGAGCUGCACAGGAGGCCGGCCAGUGCCGAGGUGCAGAAGGAGAUGGCGUUGAAAGUGCAAGCUUUGUCGAGAUGCCUUCCUGAGCCGGUGAAGGCGCACGAAUUCCUCACGAAAUUCAGCGCCCACCUCAAGCGCGAUAGCGCCCUCCUCGAAACAAUGGAAACGGUGGCCCGUCCUUCGGUCAGCUGCCACGAAUGUUCGGAAGCCACAGCAGCCGUCCUCAAAAAAUUAGGCCAACCAGUGAUGACAAAUCUCUACUACAACACGGUUAAAAUGCUCCUCGAACGCAUCAGUUCGGUGAUGAUCGACCACGAAGCCAUCAAACUUCUUGUCGGAUACGUGGAGGAUUGUCUCAAAGGAGGCAACACAAUCGACGAAGUCGGUCUUCAUCCAGCGACAGCUGGCGAUCGUGGCUUGAAAUUACUGGUGAUGUUGAGUGUGGUUUUCCCCUGUCAUUUCCAAUACGCUGAUGUUUUGGAACAAUUGAUGGAGUUGUUGAAGUUGGAGGACGAGAAUGUGGCGCCGCUUGUUUUGUCCGUUUUCACAUUCUUGGGGAAAUACCGAUGUUUAUGUGAGUUUUUUUUUUAUUUUCGGGGGUUGGUGUUUAUUUAUUUAUUUAUUCCAGACGAGCAAUUUCCCGAUUUGAUGGACGCUUUGGCCCCCAUUUGCAAGAAUUUGGCCCAGACGGGGACUCCGAAACAGGCCAAGGGGGCUAUUCAUUGUAUUUAUAAAAAUAUGCCGGCUUUACACGAACAUUUAUUCCCCGAUAUUUUGAACAGUGUUAAGGAGAAUUUGGGGCCCACGUCUCCCCAUUAUAGGACGGCUAUUGUGACGUUGGGGCACAUAGCGUUCAACGUACCCGAACGCUAUAAAGUACAGAUUAAAAAUAUUGUCUCGAGGAAGAUCGUUAAAGAAUUGUUAGUAAAGGAAGUAGGCGAACGUGAUAUUGACAUGUCUGACUCGGAGAUUUGGUGUCCCGAAGAGGAACUUCCCGAAGAGACACGAUGCAAGAUCGAGGGCCUUAAAGCCAUGGCUCGAUGGCUUCUCGGCCUCAAACAAGACACAGCUUCGGCUCAGAAAACCUUCCGAAUGUUGAAUGCCUUCAUUCUACAUAAAGGAGAUUUAUUACAAUCGGGCAAAUUACUAAAGUGUGAAAUGUCGUGGCUUAGGCUAGCCGCCGGUUGCGCGAUGUUGAAAGUGUGCGAACAGAAAGGAGUAGGUGAUCAGUACACCGCUGAACAAUUCUACAAUCUCUCCCAGUUGAUGGUUGACGAGGUGAAGCAAGUUAGGGAGAUUUUCGCCGCCAAGUUACACAAAGGGCUGAGUAAAGGGCUGCCGAAUAAGUGUCUCCCGUUGGAUUUUAUGGGGUAUUAUGCUCUAGCAGGUCGUGAGACCGAAUCACGCUUGCGUACAACGAUUAAGAAUUAUAUGGUGGCCGAUAUUAACCGACGACGCGACUAUGUUAAGACUUUGACUAUGGGGACAGGUCAGGCUGAUAAAGCCAUGAGCCAACUGCCUUUUAUUCUCCCAGAUUAUAUGUUGGUAUUUGCUGUGCCUAUUUUGGCCCACGAUCCGGCUUUAAGUCGCUGGGACGAUGUCCAAGACCUGAUCAGAGCCAAGCAAUGCUUGUGGUUCAUCCUCGAACCUUUAGUCACGAAAAGCGACUAUUUCAGUUACGGAUUUUACAAAAGUUUGAUCGAACGAAUGAAAAAUCACAAAGAUGCGAUCAGACCAGACGAUGACAGUAUCAAUUAUAAAAUCUGGGCGUUGUGUGACCUAGCCUCUGGUUUAUUAUUGACCAAGACAACAAAUUAUGACUUGAAGGACUUCCCUUCAGAAACUAGAAUUCCGACAAUGUAUUUUGCACCACAACCUGAUUUUGUCAACACACGUGUUUUCCUACCGCCUGAAUUGCAGUAUCAACCUAAUAAAAAAACCAACAUUACGUUGUCGAUGCUUAAUGCAGAGAAACAAGCGAAGAAAAGUAAGGUAAAGAGCAAAGUGGAAGGAUGUGGACCGUUGGGAACGGAUGUGCAGCUUACAUUUACUGGUGGGAUUGAUGCACAGCCGUCUGAGGCGUCCGAGACCAAGAUCCAGUUGCCGGGUUUGGAGGAGGAUCUUGACGAGCCCCCGGUAAAGAAGAUGCGAGAAAGGAUAAAACUGGACGUGGAUAAGUGAGUGAGGUGUAAAUAGUGCGACAGAUCUCCCAAAAACAAAGCUUGGUUUUUACUUAGUCUUUAUUGUGUUUAGUGACUAGUUUUUACCAUCUUCCAACACACGUUUUAUUCUUUUUAAGUGUUUAUUUUUAGUUUUAUUUAAGAUUAAGCUUUUUACGUGAAACAUGUUUCAAAUUCACAGUUUUAGUGUUAGAGAGAGAGAAAGAAGAGUUAUUUUUCUAAGCUGGGUGAGACCAUUCCAGGUGUAGUUGGCAAAGGCGGACGCCUUUUUCUGGAUAUUUACUGUUUUGACGCUUCAUUCAGUUCUAGCUGUAGCAAGGUGUAAAAACUUAUCCACUGAUUUGUAAUUUGCCCAAUACAUACGAUUCAUAGAAAACGGUUGUUUAUUUUUUUGGUAUACAUUUUCUACUAAAUACGUUGUACUAAACUGUGUUACAAUAACUCAAUAAACAAUUGUCUACAA